UCAGAACAGAAAAAAAAUACUUCUUUCCUAGAUUUAUCUUUGCUGACAGAUUUAAUUAAUAUUUUAGAAGGAGGAUAUUGUAAUCUCAACAUGAGACAUGGGUAUUACAAGAGGAAGCCUGAGGUGCCAAAAAAGAUCUGAUCUUCCCCAUCUUUUCUUGAGCUAAAACAUGAAGCUGCUACAUAUGUUGUAAACCCAAAACGUUGUCAGAAACUCUCAGCUAUGUCAGUGAUCCAGCAGGAUUAGUAGGUCUCCCGCCAUUCAAGCGCUUGUGCAGUGCACAUUUCAUUUCCGACCCCUGCUUAGUUUUCCUGAAACCGGACGCCGGGGCUGAUUAAUAAAACAUCCAUUGUGUGCUGCUGGCCGAUCACCGGAGCCAUGUCAGCUGUAUAAGUGGUGAAAGGCGACAUAAUCUCCCCAGAACAAGAUCUGGACUGAGAUUGAGGCACAAACAACAGAGAAAGGCACACAGCAGGAGGACCACAAACGCCUCGGGAGCAGCAUGUUAAAACCCCAGCAGCACGGUGAGCUUCUCCUGCAUGACUCCCCGCCGGUUUUUGGGAAGCCGUGGUACUGGCAGCGCAGCAGCAGCACCAUGGAGAGCACCCGCAGCCUGGCGCAGGUCAUCAUGCAGAUGCGCGAUGAAAUCAAGAAGCUGGAGGAGGAGAACCGAGAGCUGCGGGGAGACUACGGUCAGCGGUCACUUGGGGCCGUGCCAGGGGAAGGCAGCCCGGUGUCUUCAGCAGCAGAGCAGCGUGCAGGAAUGGAGGAAAACCCCUAUGUGAACCUGAGGCGAAACGCGUCUGCGCCAGUUCUGGAGGGACAAUACAAAGAGAACACGGUCAUGACUGUCCGAAGGUACUCCAUAAGCUCCAACCUCUCUGGGGUGAUGAGAGAGGGAAGGACUGACAUGGCAAAGCGCAGUGACUCUGGAUGGGGAAGGCUACAAGAAGAAAUCCAGCAUGGGAACGGCAUCUUUGAUAACUCAGACAGAGGAGAAGUGGGGAAAGUUACCAACAGGCACUCCCUGCAGGAAUAUGUACACAAAAACAGAGCCAAGGUAAAAACUGUCACAUUCCUUCUACCUGUGGAUGACAUUUACACCAACCGGCCAGUUCUGACCAAGCACCAGCAGGAGCCUAAAAUCACUGAGCUGGCUUCCAUAACUGACUCUUGAGAGAAGAUGCAGACCUUUUAAAGACUUUGGCUGUGGCCAUGAGACAAAAUGCACACAUGAACUGACCCUCCGUGGCCUCAAAGCAGGUUAGCCUCUUCAUUUAGGUCAGUGUAGAUUGGACUCUUAUUAUACUGAGUGAGCCAGCAGACCGAUUUGAUCACACCUGACCACACAAACAGAAGACUCUAGUUACAGGUGUUGUUUUCAUCCAGCCAUGGCAAUCCAGGCCCAGUCAACAGUGAUGAGACACGGGACCCUCUGCAGCGAGGAUCAGAUGUCUGGACUCCUCUCCCAACCUGGGGUGUUGUUUUUGAAGUGAGACACACACCUGCAGGUGACGGCUCUUUUACGGACAGUUGUGGUCACUGACUCAGGCCUCGUGAGCAACAUCAGACUCAUUAUUUAUUCACCUUUGUUUCUUUUCACAAUGUAUACUUGAAUGGGUAGUCAAGGGGCCACAUGUGUGUUUAAACAUGUGACCUGUUUCUUGACAGUCUUCCUAAAGUGUGUAUUUUUCUAAUUCUAAAUCACACAGUAGUUUCUGCUUUCAUGUAUGGAAGGCUCCUUGUAAAUAUACCAGUGUUUGGCAUACUGAAAAUGAAUGUAAGGCACCUGUAACAAUCAUUAUAAGCUAUUACCUGUGAUAUAUGUUGUGUUAUGAAUUGGUUUGAUAAAUCUUAAGCGGCUAAUUGGUUGUUACCAUUA